AGUCUAUCGGUGAUGUGUCUUUUGAAUUUUGGAAUCAAUUCUUCAUAAGUAUUUAUACCUGGUCAGUAUCUUUUUGUCACGUUUUAAUUAAUACAUACGAUAGCGCGUAUGUAGUGUCGCGUUUGUGUCAUAGGUUUCAGAAUGUCAACAGCACAUCAUGCGCAAAUGUAAGUGCUGCAAACUAGUUUGCUGUAUGACGUAUUGUCUUUGUCUGCUUAUCAAAUUUGAGUAAUAUUUGAAGAUUAAUACAUUUGGCGGUUGUGUCGUAGUAAAAAAUGGUAUCGGAAACGGAAACUGCUGUAACAGGAGUUACUUCUGAAAAUUGUAUGAAUAAUAUGGAUGAGGAUGACUUGAAGACAAUGAAAGUUGUUCAGGAACAAUUCCUUGCCGUUGAUGCCGCCGAAAUUAAGGAAGUUAGCGAGCAUUCCAAGCAGAUUAAAUUCAAGGCGGAGAUUGUGUGGAGGAAUGUGGCGUUAUUUUUAGCUCUUCACGUUGCAUCACUAAUCGGUCUUUAUCAGUUUAUUUUCCUCGCAAAAUGGCCAACUUUAUUUUGGUAUUGCAUCUGUUGGCUUAUGGGCGUUAUGGGUAUUACUGCUGGGGCACAUCGCCUUUGGUCACAUCGAAGUUACAAGGCCAAAUGGCCUGCUCGAUUGUUUUUGAUGUUUUGCAACAGUAUGGCGUUCCAGAACGAUGUUAUUGAGUGGUCGCGGGAUCAUCGCUGUCACCACAAAUGGACAGACACAGAUGCUGAUCCGCACAAUAGCAGUAGAGGAAUGUUUUUUGCGCACAUGGGCUGGUUGAUGGUCCGGAAACAUCCGGAAGUUAAACGGAAAGGCUCUCAAUUAGAUCUGAGCGAUUUGUUCAAUGAUCCUAUCCUCGCAUUUCAAAGAAGACACUAUUUGAAAACAGUACUGCUGGCUUGGUUUAUUAUACCAACCUUUGUACCAAUGUUUUUCUGGGGCGAAUCUUUCAUGAUCGCUGUUUAUACCUGCACAUUAUUGAGGUACUGUUCUACUCUGCAUGGUACAUGGUUAAUCAAUUCAUUCGCUCACAAAUAUGGCUACAGGCCCUACAAUCCAUAUAUAACGCCUGUUGAGUCCUUAUGGUUAGCGGUAACAGCAAUGGGUGAAGGUGGCCAUAAUUAUCAUCACACUUUCCCACAAGACUAUCGGACAUCGGAAUAUAUACUUCACUUCAAUGUCACGAAAUUAUUCAUCGACAUACUGUUUUUCCUAGGAUUGGCUUACGAUAUGAAAGUUGUCCCGCAAGAGAUAAUUGAACGGCAGAAAGCAAAAUACACAAAGAAAUGUGACUGAUUCAACCGAAGUAUUUGAGCGCUUCAUUUCAUCACGCUAUAAUAGGUAGACAUCAUCUGCUUUUUCAGUUUUCUCAUACUGUCUUCUUUCAGAUUAUUAGGAUGCAGUAACAUUAGGAAAAGAUUGUUUUACAGAAUGAUAUAAUUUGCUGAAGGUUUAUUACGACACUCCGUUUGAUAAAUCGUUGCACCGUUGUCGCAAAUAACAUCUCACAUCAGCGAAUGUUGCCAUUGAUUAGACUUGUCUAUGACAAAAGAUAAAAGCAUACAUACAAUUACCACGGAUAUUUGUUACUCAUUUUGUUACAGAGUGUUAAAAAAUUAAGAGUUAAUCAGUGUUCAAAUUGUUGAUGAAAUGCCGUAUUCGAACAACAACGUUUGUAUUGUAAUGCCUAUUUUUUCAAUCUUUUCUUGUUCACCGAGAAUAUUCCUGUAUGGCAUGCCAUUUGGAGAAAAUUCACAGUUAAAUUUUCCACCAUACUCGUCAUUCUAUGCUAGUAUUUACUUAUAGACCUGAAUUUUCCACUUGAGAUUUACCAACAAUUUUAUUCUAUCCUUAUUUCGUGAGCUAUGAGCUUUGGAGAGUUUUGGUAACGUGAAUGAAACUGUAAGAUUGCUUCACUACUAUGGUCUAUCUUGACCUUCUGCACCGAAUUUUACUCUCUCAUCAUUUCCUUUGCAUAGUUUAUGUUAAUCAGUCACGAAAAUACAAAUUACUCAACUAUU